AUGGCGCAUCUUUCGCUGAAAACCAUGGGCAAUGCGUUCAAGAAAAACCAUAAAGAUUUGGAUGUUAAAGCCGAAGACGAAGAAGACCUAGACGCUUCUGAAUUCGAAGACGAUGACGAGAAGAAACCCACACUUCAAAAAACUAGGAGACCCAAAGAUACCCCCUUUACACAACAAAAAAUCGCGUCUAUCAAUCCUGUAGUCACUCCGCGCCGUGUGAUAUGUGUUUUCCUUUUUCUGGGCGUCAUUUUCGUUAUUUUCGGAGCUGUCUUGCUCAAAAUCUCAAUGCGGGUGGACCAAAUGCUAGUAUACUACCAGGACUGUGCGGAAAAUGCUCCACAGGGAUCAUGGGCGGACCAAACGCAGGACCACUACAACUGGCAGUUCCACAAGAAUUUGACCUACAAUAAAGCUCCUCAAUGGAGCUACACACCACCAGCGGAUUCAGACGUGAGCAACGGAACGUGUCAUCUCAGAUUUACCACUCCACAAGAUUUGCCCAAAACUGUGUUUCUGAGCUACUGGAUCGAGAAAUUCUAUGGUAACCAUAGACGGUACGUGCUGUCCUUCAGUGAAGAUCAGUUGAACGGACUCGACACUUCAAUGACCACAGUGAGAAGCAAUCCGGGUAUAAAUUGUAAGCCUCUAGUCUCCAACAGCGAGGACAAACAGUACUAUCCAUGUGGACUAGUCGCUAAUGCUAUGUUCAACGAUACUUUCCCCAUGGAGCUGGUUGGCGUAGGCUCAACCAGCAACUACUCUUUGACCAAUAAGGGCAUUGCGUGGUCGACGGACAAAGACCGUUUCAAAUCCACCAAGCUCGACCACACCAAGAUUGCGCCCCCACCCAACUGGGAGAAACAAUUCCCCAAUGGCUACAACUCCACAAAUGUGCCUGACAUUCACACUUGGGAGGAAUUUCAAAACUGGAUGAAAGCUCCCGCUUUCGACAAGUUCCAAAGACUUAUCCGCAGAAACGACAACGACACGCUUCCUGCGGGCGAAUAUGAAAUAAGUAUCGGGCUCAAUUGGCCUGUAACGGAGUUCAACGGCAAAAAGGGCAUUUUCCUCACCCACGGCUCUAGCAUCGGUGGCAGGAACAAUUUCCUAGGUAUUGUCUAUCUCGUGGGUGGUGUGAUAUGUUUUGGACUUGCAAUUCUUCUGCUGAUUACUAGUUUGAUAACGGGUAGAAAAGUUGGCGAUCUCAAAUACUUGUCGUGGAAGAAGCAAUCGCUAGACGAUCGCUAA